GUGACGCCGCUGAGGGCUCUGCCGUACCCUCGCAGGGAUGAUGUGAUCAAAGUUUGGUACCGAUUAAAAGGGGGAAUGGGCGGCGGGAGACCGUGCAGGGGGGUGCUGGUGAGAGUACAUUGGGAUGUGGCUCGCGCGCGGGAUGCCAGCGUCGCAUACUGGUUUGAGCCUUUUCAAGUUUAGUUGCCAUGCAAUGGCCUAAUACUAGCUUCUGGGAUUAGGUACAUUACAGAAGCGGAGAGAGGGAAAAAGAAGGCUUCUUUCGGUGACGUGCACAAUAUUUUUUUUUUCAUACUGAAACUAUGGUCUUAAAGACUGCGGCUGACAUGACUUCCCAAAAUUAUCAUUUUUUAGAUAUAGUGAAAAUGUUUAGCUGUCGACCAGAAAGAAGGUGGUAAAGCUUGGCACUUGGGUGUUGUUUUGAAAUACAUUUACCAAAAAAUAAAAAGAAAGAAAAAGAAAUAAAAGGACGACAAAUUGAGUGAAAUCCUAUUCUGAAAGUAAUUCAUAACAAUCAAUUUGUCCGUUAAAGGUACUACUUGGAAAAUGAUCAUACAGUUAUGGAGGUAUUUGUACACAAAUAUUUUCCGAUUUUGGAUAAAAUGGUUCCUAAGACAACUUACUGGAAAAUGUGAACUUCAGCGUAUCUGUGAUGGUUCAAGGAAAAAUGCAGAAAGGACACUAAAAAUAGAGCAUUCAUUGGAAACAUCAAAGUGUAAGGCUUUACAAAAGGCUGUGUGCACUACUGAAGAAGAAGUUGCAAAAUGUGUAGCAGAAAUCAUACAGAAAAAGAAGAUUAAUAUUCAGAAAGAUACAACGUUUGCUUUAAAACUACAGUUAUGUUUGCUGCAGAUAUCUGGUUGCAGGAAACUUUAUUUGGCUGUAGAAGAGCUGAGAAAACAGCCAUAUAAUUCAGACAAUAAAGAACAUGAGGAACAACUAAUGGAGCUUUGGAAUUUGUUGAUGCCCCAUGAAAAACUGAAGGCUAGAAUCACGAAGCAGUGGUGUGACGUUGGUUUUCAAGGUGAUGACCCUAAAACAGACUUCAGAGGAAUGGGCAUGCUGGGAUUAAUUAAUCUUUUGUACUUUAGUAAACACUAUCCACGUGAAGCUCGUCAAAUCCUUUCUCGUUCCAAUAAUCCAAAACUAGGAUAUUCCUAUGCAAUAGUUGGGAUCAAUUUGACAGAGAUGGCUUACAGCUUAUUAAAGAAUGGCUUUUUAAAAGUUCACUUCUAUAACCUGGUUGCUGGUGUACCACAGAUGAAAGACUUCCAUCAGUUUUAUUGUUAUUUGGCCUAUAAGUUUGACCAAUUUUGGUUUGACGAAAAACCUGAAAGUAUUAUGUACUUCAACCAGUAUAGAGAGAAGUUUCAUGCAAAGGUCAAAAAACAGCUCCAGGAUUAUGACACAGUCCUUGCCUUAAAAAAUGAAAAAUCAUAAUGUGCAGUCCUGUGGGUUCUGCAGAUGAAAAUUAUGCACUUGACUGGAAUCCUCAUAUUUAACCAAAAACUUCAUUUACUGAUCAAAGUUUUGUACAUCUAUUUUUUUAUUGAAAAAAUCAAUAGCUUGAACAAUCAACAGUUACUUAGGAUGGUAUUCUACUUGCUGGAGGUAAGAACAUCUUAAAAUACAAAGACCCUCACAGGAUCACAGAACAUAAUAACUUCUGUGCAUCUGGUACUAGAAGGUGAAAAAGUUUCUCGGGCUGCAUCAUAUUGACUAGCGAUAGCGUUUUUUCCCCAAAUUUGACUCAUGUUUACUUUAUCACAAGAUAUGUUGCAAAGUUUCACAAAUAGAAAUAGCUUUUGUUGUAGAUUUGUAUGUUAGGAUGUAUGAUCUGUUAACAAGGGCCAUUUGGCCAUUUACACACAAUGUUUAAAUUAUUUGGAUGAAUGAAAAGUUCUUCACUUAUGCCUAUAUAAGUUUAUUCCAUAGUGCUUCAGGUUUAGUUGCUCUUUGUCAUGAUAGUUGGUGGAUUAAAACUUUGAAUCUUUGCAACUAUUUUAAGGUUGAAACAUUUCCCAGUGUUCUGUUUAUUUAAGGCUAUGCAAUUGCCUUCCUAUAUCAACCAUUGGACCUUUUUCCCUUUGUCAGCUAACAAAAUGACAGCUAACAUUGGAGCUCAAGAAUGUUAGAGCUUAAAAUAUGUAAGGGGAUAAUCAGUGUUAACUGUAUUUUUUUAUUGUUUCUUUGUUCUGUGUAUUGAGGAAAGCAACUCCGAUGGUGUAUUCCCAGACAAUCUAGACAGUAGGAUUUUGUACCUAAGUCUUGUAUCAAACAUGCUUAAACAAGCUUGGUUUGUAACUAGCCUUGUGUUUGUAUGUGUGUGUUUUAUAAGUGGGGUGAUCUUUUUAAAUCAUUAAGUGCCUUUUACUUACUGCAUUUGAGCCCCAUCCACGAGGCUUUGGAACUGACCCCGUAUCAGUGCUGAACAGAUUCUAGCACAUAAUGGCUGCUGUGCUAAGACUGAUACUAGAAUUAAGCAAAAUCCAUACUUAGUUGCUUGACUUAUUAAUGAUAUUGUCAGUGAAAAAAAGCAGCACAGGAAGAGAAGAUCUGAAGGAAGAAAAAGAUGCACAUGUACAGGCAAUUUGGAGCCAAAUUACUUAGCAGAUGCACAAACAGCUUUUAAAUAGCAUAUUGCAUGCAUGUAUGUAGAUAGCAAGCACUUCAAAUCAGGACCCUGCUGUGGGAGCUAAACAAUGCUCCUUGACCGGUUUGGGGAACCCAUUGUUACGUGUAUUGCAAAAAACCCUUCCCAUUGGACAAAAUGCAAACUUUUUUCCAGUGUAAAUUGCAAGCAUGGAUAGUCAGGAAAGAUGGUGAAAUAAUCAGGUCCACAGCAGGAGAAUGACACAAAGGGCAUGACUCUUUCUACUUUCAUACCAGGGUACUGAUCUACACUGGAACUCCUGUGCUUGUAAUUUACUAUUAUUAAUAGUGUGAAUGGUGAUGCCCUUGGUAAUGCUCGAGCAUUGCAGACAUUUCCUAUGUUGAACAAAAAUCCUAUAGCACCUGAUAAUAAUCAAGGAUCUGGCAUAACUUUGAAAAAAACAGCACUGAUUACAUCUAAUUUAUGGGACAGUUUAAUAUAUUUUAAGGUUAAAAUUGUUUUCCCUUGAGGGGCAAAAUAUAUCCUAAUAGCAAAAUAGAAGGGUUAGUGAGGGUUUUUAAUAUCUACAUCUAUUUUUAUAGAUGCUUAGUAUUUUGCAAUAAAACAUUCUUGCAAGAGAAAUUUGAUAUGUGUAAAAUGUGUUGGGUUGUAAUCCAAAAGACCAUAUGGCAUAGAUGUACCCCUUGAGCUCUUGUGUGCAAUGGCAGCUUUGCUUCCUUCUCUGAAUUGGGAGGCUGAGGUUUGUCAUAAAGAAAAUGGAAAAGCUCAUAUACUUGGUUUGCAUAGGCACUGGAGUUCUUGGUUUGUGCAGAAUGAACAGAAACGUAAUUUUUGGCUUAAACUGUUAAAAUGAAGAAAUUAUUCCCCUUUUUUCAUGGUGUGGAGAUACAGUGAUGACACAUUAAGUUCCAUGUGAGUUUUCACUUUAAUGCUAAUAGGAAACGUACGUUUCAGUUAGGUUUUUAAAAAGUAGUUUCACUAUAUUAUAUGUAUCAAAAUAUUGGAAGCUGAAAAUUCCCAAGUAAGAAUACUGGAGAGUAUUCAGGGCAUGCCUUCAUGAGAGCUUGCCAUAUUGCUUUUUUAUUGUUUAGUUCUGAAUGAAAAGUGCAGGACAUUGUAUUCCCCUACACAUCUCUGCAUAAUAUACUAUUUUUUCCAUUGCCUUAAUUGUUCCUUCAGUCUGCUUGUUGGAUUUAUGGGAAUGAGUGUACUUUGGUUGAUUUGGGGGACUGGAGAUGCUGAUUCAGGCCAUCCAGGUUCUAAUGAAUAUUUCACUUGGAUGCUGUCUGGGUCACGAUGUGUCAGAAACUUAAGGCUGUACCUUUUCUUGCCCAGUGGCAAGAAACAUGUAGGAUAGAAAUUCCAUCAAUGUUUAAAGUGUUAAUUUUGAAAUGGGCAUUUUGGCCUCCCAAAUAAUGGUUGCCACAAGAUUAAGUAGCUGUCCCAAAAUGAUUUGUUGCUAUGAUACUGCCCUUCAACCAAACAACUUAGAUCCAUUCAGGAUGUUUUUAAGAAAAAGGCUUUGUGGGAUCUGAGUCUACUAAAACUCUGGGCUAGAUUCUGAAAUUCAUUUUCUGAUAUAUCUACUUUGGUUUCUCAAACAAUGGUUACAUGUUGCCACAUGGGGGUUCACCGUUUGGGUAGCCUUUACAGCCAAAAGGACCAUUUGGCAUGAACAUGUCUAUCUCCUAAGGUAGGGGGAAUGCAAGAUCUUGUCUCUAUUGCUGAAUGUCAGCUAUGCUUACAGGGCAUCUAAACAAUGUAGAACAAUCCCACCUAAGUUCAGGAGAUGGGGAAGAUUAAUUAUGAUGAAUAAAUUUGUGGACCUGUUCACACAUUUUGGCUUGAAGUCCUCCAGCUGCUUAUGCAGGACACAGAACCCACCAGAGGGUGUUGAAACCUAGAACAUUUGAUAAGCUACCCAAUGGCUGAUUCUGUUAUGUCUGGAUGCUGGUUUGUUUGGGGAUAUGCAAAGCAAUACCUUCUAUCUGCAACAACCAUAAUGCAUUUUUGCCAUAAAAUUUAUGUAUUGUUCUUGAGCAACUGUAGUUAAAAAGAUCAAUGUUUGACAACAAAAUAUGCAUAGCUUUAAACAAUUAUAAAACAUCAAAUGAAAAAGAUUAUCCGUAAGCUGUAAGGUGAUAACAUUAUCGGUUUUAGUCAGUGUACUCUUAAAUAGCACUAAUAGUCAUAAUUAGGAAUAUUUAUUGAAAGGAUUUUUGAAGUUCUGAGAGAUGCCAGUCUUGUAAAUAUUUUGAAAUACUCACUGCAGACUAGAAUGAUUUGUAUCUUCUUUAUUGAGUGUAUGGUUUAAAACUAUAAAGAAGUGUUCCUGAGCUAUCUUGUCCCAGGUAGAUGUAAUGUUCAGUUAAAAUAGCAAAAGCUUAAUACAUUCUUAAACUAAAAAGCCUAUACAUCCUUUCAGGGAAUUAAUCCCAUUUGAAUGUUUAGGAUUCCAUGGUUAAUUUUCAAAUGUAGAGGUCUCUGUCAAAUAGAAUAAUCUCAGACAGUUUAUACUGCUGUUGAUUGGACUGGUGAUACUCAAUGUGCUCCUUACCUUUUUCUAGGUAUGGCAAAACUUUUCCUGUCAUACCAGGGCUUAGUCUUGAUUUGGAAGGAACCUUUAAACUAGAAUGUCCAUGUGGCAAAACUGGAUAAAAUAAUACAGAAAAGCUUUAUUGAUGUUGGCCGAUUGAGGAAAGUGGAUGGUCUGAGGAGGAACUGCAUGUGUUUGUGGUUUGUUCCUGGUCCAGUGAAACCUAAUUUAAUCAAUGUGACAUAAUUCCAUCUGAACUGAGUCAGUUUUUCACCAGGCAUGUGUACAUCCUUGUCCAUUUUCACUAAGAAUUCACUUGUAGUUCGUCCACUUGAUCGCCUUAUUUCAUACUGUGAAAACAUUAAAAACUUGGUGAUAGGCAGCAGUAUUUUGUAAAAGUAGAAAGGGAUUUAUUGUUUAGUAUAAUACUGCAUUGUGACAAUCCUAAUACAUUAGUAGCUCUGAACAUGUUCUACAAAGUUUCAGUCCACCUUGAAGUAAAGACUGAUUUCUUUUUAAGGGAGUUAAAUACAUGACCAGAUGGAGAAAUGUUCAUUUGAACAUGGGUGUGGAAGUUUACAUGGAAAUAGAUGUAGUCAUUUCUAUGUUUCCCCAAAAGUUUAUGAACCUGUGUGAUCACAUGGAAGGAAAUCCAACUGUUUGCAUGUACAUUUCUUUUAUAAUAUUUGUGUUUUGAAUAGCAUAUUAUUACAUGUAUGGCAAUAUUGAAUAAACAAGUCCAAGUUUGGUUUCUCAAAACAAUUUCAUAAAAAUCCAGGCUUGCAAAAUAAUGGAUUAGGGUACAAAAUUAAGCACAAGUGCAAAAUUCUUGAGACAAGUAAAUAGUUUCCUUGCUUAAGGAUGCUAAUUACAAAAAUCAGUUAUUGUUGCUCAUAAAACUGUAAAUACUUGCUUGAAACUUUUGAGUGCGAAUGAAUAGAAGUUUACGAAGGUGGAUUCAGUUGCAGAUUUUUUCAAUGAAUUCAGUAAAAGGAAAUUGCCAAUUACAGAAGUUGUUCAUAAGCAUCAGGUACUAUUUUAUUGGUUGUGUCCUGUAUGAGAAUUGUAUCCAAUGGUAAUCCUCUUCAGAGUAAAUCCACUGAUAGAAUGGGUGUUAAGAGAAACUUAUAUUGGAUACAACCCUAGGUAUCCAAGUUUAUCAGGCUAUUUACUUCUGUUGCAAUUGAUAGAGUAUCUUGAAAGUAUGUAGGAUGUAGAAAUAGAAACCACAUGAUCCAAAAUGCAAUGGACUUAUCUUUGAAAGCAAGCUUUUUCUUUAUUCCUUCAAAUUAUUUCCUGUCAAAGCUGUUAAAGUUGUAAGGUUCAGUAGCCUGUAUUGCUAAUUAUUGUUUCUAGUCCUUAUGAAUUGUAUUUCUACUAAUUUACUGUUGUGGUACUAGUAUGGGUAAAAUUGUUCUUUCUGUUGCUGAAGUGUUCUCCAUUCCACUGUAAGAAACAUUUGUGGGUAGUGACGUGUAAGGCCACUGUCAACUACCUAAAAGUAUGUGCUUAUUGUAUUAUGGAAGCAAUAAAAUGUGAUACAUGUUUAGGAGUGGAAUGAGAAUAUUAGUAAGGAAAAAGCUGACCAGAAACUAUUCUUUUAGCAAAGUGUGUUAUAUCAGAACUUUCCACUGCACUGUUGCUAGAAUUCUAUAUUAGAGUUCAGCAUUUUUGUAUUUCCCUCUGUUUGUUUUCAUAAACAUUCUAAAGUAUCAAAUAAAAAGUUCAACAGAA